AUGGAACUCGUGAAGCUGCUCACCUGCACUGUCGUCAUUAUUUGCUCAUCUAAGUCUUUCAUCAAAUUUCUGCUUGAACUCAAGGAGGCGAUCUAUGAUAAUCCUGUGGAAACGAUAAAAGUCUGUGUGCCAGCAUUGAUCUACACUCUACAGAACAAUCUCUAUUACGUCGCACUUACUCAUCUGGAGGCUACCACAUUUUGUGUAGCAUAUCAAAUGAAGAUCUUCACUACAGCUUUGUUCAUGUAUUUCUUCUUGGGAAAGAAGCUCUCCGUCAAUCAGUGGAUAGCACUCGUGAUUCUGGUUGUAGGUAAACCGAAUAGUAUUUAA